AUGCAUGUUCUCCAGAAGAGGAUCAAUAAAGAUACUUUUGGGGACAUUCUUGAGAAGGUAUCAACACGUUUGGCUGGCUGGAAGGGGCAGAUGCUAAGUUUCGCAGGUCGCAUCACCCUAACAAGAUCAGUCCUCUCGUCUAUACCUGUUCACACGAUGAGUACCAUUGUGCUUCCGCAGUCGACUUUGGCUCAACUCGACAAGACAGCCAGAGCUUUUAUGUGGGGAGAUACUACUAAUCAACGGCGACAGCACUUGGUGGCCUGGGACAAGAUUUGCUCUCCCAAAGAUGAUGGAGGGUUGGGAAUCCGGAAAGCACAGGAUAUGAAUAAAGCCGUCGUCGCAAAGCUUGGAUGGCGUCUGCUGCAAGAUCAAACAUCCCUCUGGGCACGGGUCUUACGCGGGAAGUAUAAGGUUCACGAUGUACGAGAGGCGACAUGGUUCAAUACCAAAGGGAACUGGUCCUCCACCUGGCGCAGUAUUCUCAAAGGGAUGAGAGAGGUGGUGAUACCGGGUCUGAGUUGGGUGCCAGGGGAUGGGAGGAACAUCCGUUUCUGGAAAGACAAUUGGUUACUAGGCAAACCUCUACAACAGGCAGCUAAUACAGAGGUCCCUGUCGAUAUGGUGGAUGCGCGCCUGUGUGACAUGUGGAGCCCUGGAGUCGGAUGGAGGUGGAACGCCAUAGAGCUGCAUAUCCCUAUCCAGGUGAAGUUAAUGUUAACAUCAGUGGUGUUUGAUGAGAUAACCGGAGCAAGAGACAGAAUCUCGUGGGGACACACGCAAAAUGGCGAGUUCUCAGUCCGGUUCGCCUAUGCUUUUAUUUCCCGAGAUAGUAGCCCUCGACCAAACAUGCAGGCGGUAUUUAAGCAGAUAUGGCACGUACUGGCGCCGGAGAGAGUCAGGAUUUUCCUCUGGCUGGUAGGGAACGAGGUGAUUAUGACUAAUAUGGAACGGCAGCGACGACAUCUUAGUAACACCGGAGUCUGUCAGGUAUGUAGAGGGGGAGAAGAGUCUAUAUUACAUGUGUUGCGGGACUGUCCGGCAAUGGCAGGGGUGUGGCAGCGAAUAGUGCCUGCACAUAAGAGGAGCGCGUUCUUUACAAGACAUCUGUUGGGAUGGCUGUAUGAUAACCUAGGGGAUGGAACGGAGACGGAUGGAUAUAUCUGGUCCACACUAUUCGCUAUGGGAGUCUGGUGGGGUGGAAAUGGCGCUGUUGGAAUGUUUUUGAACAUCCUGGGAAGUGCCGAGAUCGAGUGA